AUGCAUUCCUGGAAUCAACAACGGCAAUUGAAUGCUGCACAGGAUAUUCGGCAUUGGUCACCCCAACCUGCACCUAGUGCAGCCGAUGCCGGCCGUUCUCGCUCAGUGCUUGAACACACGAACCCUUUGCCACCCCGACAGCCAGAGGAGACGCCUACAGUGGAUCACAUACUCAGCAUCCUCGAUAGGAGCCCGUCGUACACCGAGCUUCGCGAGCAACUUGAAGCUAUUGGUGUAAAGCUGGACCGCGCAGCGUUUGCGGAAAGCCUUCUUACUGCUGGACUAGCUGUCAACUCCGCUUCUCCAGCGGACGUCGAGCAUGCUGGGCUACUUACGACCUUCCCCUGCCUUAGGCCCGAUAUCAAAGAGCGGGUUUUGAAUGCCUUAAAGAACAGUCUUACCGAAGACUCUCAACAGGGAGACUGCAUGGACUCCAACAAGAACAUUUCUAGUCUCAACGCUGUCCCGAAGCAUGCCCAUUAUGCUCAUAGCUCCGCCGCAAGCCAACUACCUAGAUUCAGCCCUACGUCGCUGCCAGCAUACAGGUCGGGUACUAACAAUACGACCCCUUCUACGAGUGACACUAUCGACAGCCAAAGCUAUCAGUACAUGCCUAAUCAAAACGAUGGCGCGGUUGGUAAUGCCGAUAUCGCUCACGCCUCGAACUACGCCUCUCCUGCAAGCGUCCCCUCUAUGCGGCCAACGAGCCUCAAGAAUGCCCGAGCGCCUUUGCCUUCCAAACCCGUUCCGCCGACAGUAGCCACUCCGGCUGCUAUUCCCGAGCAUGGAACUGCACAACAAGCUCGCACUGGUCUCUACCAUCCGCACCUAUCCUUGGUGAGCACCAGUUCCGGCGCUUCAAGCCGACCAAGUUCUUUCACUCCAUCGGAUGCCGUCUCUAUUCGGACAUCUAUGAGCUCUUUUGCGGAUCCAUCGCUUAGACACCCUCCGCUCAGUACCACUACACGCAUGCGUGGAUCGAUCGCAUGUAGCUUUGCGCCAGCAUGUCCAAAAAAAUUCUCCAGAACCUCGGAGCAAAAGUGCCAUGAGGAGUCCCACUGCCGCUUCAACCCCGAGAGAAAGAAGGAAGAGCCAUGUCUCGUUUGCGUCAAUAUUUGCACCGGGGAUUGCCCGCCUGGUUGCGACACGCAAAGCCACAAAAUAUUUUGGACGGCGCGCAAGUGGAAUAUGGUGCAGCACUGGCAGAACAAGCACAAGUUGAAGCCUCAACAUGUGCCGGAGGAUUUAAAGGGCGCUCUUUACAAGACCAAGAGCGAGGAUGGAGGCAGUUCUGUUCCGAGCCGCGGGGUGCCCAGCGGUUGGGCAAUCGAAGAGCACCAUGAGGAGGACGACCCAGAGGCGCUGGCUCUAGAUGAGCAUGAGCGAUCGCCGCAGGAGAUACAGCAGAAAGUACCACCCAAGAGUGAGGACAGCGGCGGGGUGCGCAGCCUGACCAAGCGUUUCUGGAGACAUAGCCUAGAAGACAAGCCGAAGGGAAAUGACAAGAGGUGGAAGGGCGAUGAUCUAGAUGAGUGUGGUUAUCCUUCUAAUCGUAAAACUGGACACUCUUUCGAUUGGGGCUAG